AUGAAAGAUUUGAAACUGCAUUUGGGUCUUUUUGACUUAGAUUUGGCACUUAGAGAGCCUAAACCUAAUGCUCUUAUAAACAAAAGCACCACUGAGGAGAAGACCAAGUUUGAAAAAUGGGAUAAUAUAAAUAAAAAAUGCAUACUGGUUGUGAAAAAGGCAGUUCCUGAAACCAUACGUGGGAAUGUGAAAGUCAAAGACACUGCCAAUGAAUUCCUGAACGCAAUUAAGGCAAGGUUUGAACUUAACAAGAAAGUUGAAUCAAGUGCAUUGAUGAGUAAACUAAUGAAUGCAAAGUAUGAUGGGAAUGACAACGUUAGGGAAUACAUUUUCGGCUUAGCCAUUGAUGCUGCUAAGCUGGGGGAUCUUGGCAUUAAAAUUGCUGAUGAGUUUGUUGUGCACAUUACACUGAAUACUCUCCCUAGCCAAUACAACAUUCUUCAAACCACCUAUAAUACACUAAGGGAGAAGUGGAGCUUGGAUAAGCUUAUUUCCAUUUGCACCUUGGAGGAGAGCAAACUGAAACAGAACAAAAUUGAGAGUGCAAAUGCGACUUUCCGUAAGGGAUCUGGUGGUGGACCAAACAGAAAGAAUAAGAAGUCACAUCAGUUUGAUCAAAUUACUAAAGGUCCUUAG